GCCCCGCGCCGCCGCCGCCUGCUGCCGGGAGCGGCCGGGCCCGGCCGGCCAAGAUGGCGGAGGGGGUGCUGAGCGCCGGCGUCAACCUGGAGGCCUUCGCCCAGGCCAUCGCCGCCAUCCAGGCGCUGCGCUCCAGCGUGACGCGGGUCUUCGACUGCCUCAAGGAUGGCAUGCGGAACAAGGAGACCCUGGAGGGCCGCGAAAAGGGCUUCGUGGCCGCCUUCCAGGAGAGCCUGCACUCCGUCAGCCGCGACCUGGGGGAGCUGGAACGUCUGAGCAACCUCGUGGGUAAACCAUCUGAGAACCACCCUCUGCACAACAGUGGGCUGCUGAGCCUAGAUCCUGUCCAGGACAAAACUCCUCUCUACAGCCAACUUCUUCAAGCCUACAAAUGGUCAAAUAAGCUGCAGUACCACGCCGGGCUGGCAUCUGGCCUUUUGAAUCAGCAGUCUCUGAAGCGCUCAGCCAACCAGAUGGGGGUGUCUGCCAAACGCAGGCCCAAGGCCCAGCCAACAACUCUGGUCCUGCCUCCUCAGUACGUGGACGAUGUGAUCAGCCGCAUCGACAGGAUGUUCCCUGAGAUGUCCAUUCAGCUGUCCAGGCCCAAUGGGACCUCAGCAAUGCUGCUGGUUACCUUAGGAAAGGUAUUGAAAGUGAUAGUGGUGAUGAGAAGCCUCUUCAUCGACAGGACCAUAGUGAAAGGCUACAACGAGAACGUCUACACCGAGGACGGCAAGCUCGACAUCUGGUCCAAAUCCAACUACCAAGUGUUUCAGAAGGUGACAGACCAUGCCACCACUGCCCUCCUGCACUACCAGCUGCCCCAGAUGCCAGAUGUGGUGGUCAGGUCCUUCAUGACCUGGCUGAGGAGCUACAUCAAACUGUUCCAGGCACCCUGCCAGCGCUGUGGCAAGUUCCUGCAGGAAGGCCUCCCCCCCACCUGGAGGGACUUCCGCACGCUCGAAGCCUUCCACGACACUUGCAGGCAGUAGCAGCCCAGCUGGUCACGGGAGGAGUGGAGGCUCUGGUGGGCUGGGAGAGCUGCUGGCUUCAGGGGUGGCCUCGGUCCUGAACCUUCGCUGAGUGCUGAGGCUGCAGUGAUUCAGUUGACUCUUUGCAAGCAGAUCUGCGAGGCACAGGUGAGCUGAAGAGGCUGCCUGUGAUGGCUUCGUGCUUCUGGGCCCAGGGGCCCCAGCCUGGGCAGCUCUGGCAGGAGUAAGCUUUCUUCUGAACCAGAAUAUCUGUGUACAGUUUGUCUUCUGUGGCAGAAUUUGCAGUGCUGGUGACUUUUGUAAGCCUGAAGUAAACUUUUUCUACUCCUGA